AUGGGUUAUCCUUCCUUUCCCGGCAAUGUAGAAGCGCUCUCAUUACCAGACAGCCCGCCGGGUCUUUAUCAUUCGACUUCAUCUUUGUCAUCGUCGUCGGCCACAACAACUCCCAACUCACCACCACUGAGAACAACAACACAAUCUCAGACUCCAGACACACCAAAUGAUUCUUCAAAGCCGAGGCGCAGACAAACACUAGCCGCAUGUCGCCCGUGUCGGAAACGUAAAUCAAGGUGUGACGGUGCCCGACCGCGAUGCAACACCUGCCUAGACAAAGCGACUCCAUGCGCCUACUCGGUUGAAGAAGGCAAAACACAACAACAAGCCUCUCGAGAAGAGCUCAAGGCAUACCGAUCGGUUGUGUUCAUGCUGCGGAGAGCAUCACCUCCAGACACCGAAGUGAUACUUCGACAUCUCAAACAGUUCGAUGAUGUAAACGAGGCUGUCAAGUCCAUAGAAACAGACAUGAUGUUACGAGGGUCUUCCAUCUCAACCUGA